AUGGCUCGUCGAACCAACAUAUCGUCCCCCGGCCCUCUUUGCUUUCUUCUCCCUCUCCCGCCUUUGACAUUGACCCAACCCUCCUUGAUGCAAGCGCCGCAAACUGUCAAGUGCGCAAUGAAGACGGAGAGCAAUACUAUGCUUGGAUUUCUAGGGCGGCGAGUUCUCUGGCCUCUGGGCAUCUUGAUUUUCAUUUCAGCUCUUUUCACUCUGCAACGAAGGCAUUUCACCGAUGGACCCAGCAUCGCACAUUCCCGGUCCUGGGACAAAAGCGACAGCCUCAAACACGUUUCCAACUCGACGCUCGGGUUCCAAGACAUACUUGUUGUCGGCAUGCCAUCCCGUACAGAUCGUCGCGACGGCAUGAUACUCGGCGCGGCCCUCUCAGGGCUUAAAAUCAACUUCAUCGACGGCGUAAAAGGCGAAAACGUCUACGAAAAGGCAAUCCCGGUGCCCGAGGAUCGUAAUAACCACCUCAAGGGUCCCGGCCUGGGCUCCUGGCGGGCUCACAUGAACGCCAUUCACGACGUCGUUCGAAGAAACUUGUCGUCGGCGCUGAUUAUGGAAGACGACGUCGACUGGGAUGUCAGGAUUCGCGAACAGCUUCAUGACUUUGCGGUGUCGAGCCGAGCUCUCACCCAGCCCUUGCGACACCAGCCUGGCCAAUACGCCGAUCCCACAUACCCCAACCCAGUCGAGGGCUCGCCAAAGAAGGUGCCCGACAUGAACUUCCACAGCCUUCCCAACACCGUGCAGCCUCUGAUUUCCCCGUACGGAGACAACUGGGACGUCCUUUGGCUCGGGCACUGCGGCAUGCAUUUUGUGUUUGAACACAGCAAUCUCAUAGCCAAGGGCCGCGUGGUCAAGGAGAAUGACGUCUCGGUCCCGCCCAAGAAGAACCUCUGGUCCAUCAACAAGCCCUUCUCGCUCGUGGAGGAGUACCCGGCACAUACACGAGUUGUCCACCACGCGCAAGAGGGCGUCUGCAGCCUCGCCUAUGCCGUUAGUCAACGGGGUGCCCAAAAGAUGCUCCGUGAGAUUGCGCUCAAGCCGGCGACGGAUGCGUUCGACAUUCUGCUGCGGUUCUACUGCGAGGGCACCCAUGACCGCACCAAACAAGAGUGUCUGAGCGUCAACCCAAGUCUGUUCUCCCACCAUCGGCCGGUUGGGCCCAUCGGUGCCUCUAGCGACAUUGGCGACCACGGCGAGGGAUACAGACAAGAGGCAUCGACAGACAUGGUUCGGUUCAGCGAGAGGUCUCCUAGCGUGAGCUCAUGGACACCUCAAUUACCGCCGUCACCGCAGCUUGCCGACAGAUCGUGGCUUUCUUCCGGCCGCAGCAACGAAAGGAGCCCGACCCUCCUUGGUAGUCAUCAAGAGCCGUGGUGGUCCCCGACUGAGCUCGAUCAUCACACCAACUCUGGUGAUCACAAUUUAUCUGCUGCUGCUUCGACGUCCUGCAUCGACAACUCCCCGCCCUGGCCGUUGCCUCUUGACGACUUUUUGGUGCUCAAUCAACUUCAGAACCAGAUUCCUCUUUCGGCUUCUGCCUCUCCAGAAGAACUGGCUCUCGGUCUGUGUCCACUAAUCCUUCAACAGACUCACCACUUGGAUCCUUUCUCGUCGUCGACUGUCACCCCGGCCCUCUCUUCUCUUGACGACCCGGACAUGACCUACCUGAGUUUGUUUGGGAGUGUCGGCACUGAACAUGGCUUGGAUCAGGAUGAUGCUCCACAUCACCGACAUCAUCCACACAACGCCAGCCAUGACCUUUUUGUCCAAGACAGCAAUAGCUUCUUGAGCCAUGUACUCUCUCACCCGCACCAACCCUUACAGGACCCCCCAACAUCAGCAGUUUCUCACGAGCGGACCACCGCAAACCAUGUCAAUCAUACCUUCUUGAAUACUUCAUCAUCAGCACCAACGACAGCGAAACCCACUUCAGGUUUGCAUAUCCCAACAAAUACUAAACGCCACGGCUCUCCCGCUAGCAGCAGCAGCGGCACUGGUAGCUCAAAACGCAAGUAUUCUGCUUCUCCUCCUGAGGAUCUGGAUCCAGAUAGCGAAGAGGCCCAGGUGGCUAUCAAGCGUCAGCGCAAUACCAUGGCUGCGCGGAAAUACCGCCAGAAAAGGCUCGAUCGAAUCUCGGACCUGGAAACCGCAUUAGGACAAGUUACCAAUGAGCGAGACGAGCUCAAGUUGCAGCUCGCCCGGCGAGAAGCCGAGGUUGAGGCUCUUCGGGAAAUGCUGUCUAAGAAGUGA